AUGGAUCGCUUCCUCGCUCCACACAGUCCCGAGGCCAUGGCCCAUUCACACCUAAACGAAAACUGGUUCAGCUGGGAUACUGACCAUCCGUCCCUGAACGAGACCCUGAUAUCCGGCUGUGCCACGUACGAGGCAUUCAAGCGUUACCUCAGCGGCUCGGACCUCUACCUGCGGCCUCGAUCAAGAACUGAACUCGAGAGCAUACUUCGGAGAUAUGCAUACGACACCGUCCAUAACACCAUCGCAAAGGCACGUUCACCUCUCGAACGUGGCGGCUACAGUCGGAUCUGCCACCUGGCAGAGGAAUCUAUCCGCCGGGUGCUGAACGAGAACGACAACGUGGCGCACCUACUGGACGUGCACAAUGACGAGGUGCAUGACAUGUCCUCAAAUAUGGGUACCUCAUCGCCGCGGUCAAUCAAAAUCAAGUGA